CGGCGCGGCGCGCCCAGGAGCCCCCCGCGGCGUCGUGCGGCCGUCCCCUCCCUCCCUCCCUCCCCCCGGAGCCGCGGAGCCUCAGAAGGGGACCAAGAGUUUGUAGAAGGCUUAAUUGGACGAGAGACUGUAAAGAAAACAAAAAAUGCCGAAACCAAUCAAUGUGAGAGUUACCACAAUGGAUGCAGAGUUGGAAUUUGCCAUCCAACCCAAUACAACAGGCAAGCAGCUCUUUGAUCAGGUGGUAAAAACUGUUGGUCUUCGUGAAGUCUGGUUUUUUGGGCUGCAGUAUGUGGACAGCAAAGGCUACUCAACUUGGCUAAAGCUAAAUAAAAAGGUAACACAGCAAGAUGUAAGGAAAGAAAAUCCUUUACAGUUUAAGUUCAGGGCCAAGUUUUUUCCAGAGGAUGUAUCAGAGGAAUUAAUUCAGGAAAUAACUCAGAGACUUUUCUUCCUGCAAGUAAAAGAAGCUAUACUAAAUGAUGAAAUAUAUUGUCCACCAGAAACUGCAGUUCUUCUGGCUUCUUAUGCUGUCCAAUCCAAGUAUGGAGAUUACAAUAAAGAGAUACAUAAACUAGGCUACCUAGCCAAUGACAGACUUCUGCCUCAACGUGUGUUAGAACAGCACAAACUGACAAAGGAACAGUGGGAAGAAAGAAUACAGAACUGGCAUGAGGAGCAUAGGGGAAUGUUAAGGGAAGAUUCUAUGAUGGAAUACCUUAAGAUUGCACAAGAUCUGGAGAUGUAUGGAGUCAACUAUUUUGAAAUAAAGAAUAAAAAAGGAACUGAAUUGUGGCUAGGAGUUGAUGCUUUGGGUCUGAAUAUUUAUGAGCAUGAUGAUAAGUUGACACCCAAGAUUGGUUUUCCUUGGAGUGAAAUAAGAAACAUCUCUUUUAAUGACAAAAAAUUUGUUAUAAAGCCAAUUGACAAAAAGGCCCCUGAUUUUGUUUUUUAUGCACCCCGUCUGAGAAUUAAUAAGCGAAUUUUGGCACUGUGUAUGGGAAAUCAUGAAUUGUACAUGAGGAGGAGAAAACCUGAUACAAUUGAAGUGCAACAGAUGAAGGCCCAGGCUAGAGAGGAGAAACAUCAGAAACAAUUGGAAAGGGCACAAUUAGAAAAUGAGAAGAAAAAAAGGGAGAUAGCAGAAAAGGAAAAAGAAAGAAUAGAGCGUGAAAAGGAAGAAUUAAUGGAACGCUUAAAACAAAUUGAAGAACAAACAAUGAAAGCUCAGAAAGAACUAGAAGAACAGACUCGAAGAGCUCUAGAACUGGAUCAAGAACGAAAGCGUGCAAAGGAGGAAGCAGAGCGCUUGGAAAAGGAGCGUCGAGCAGCUGAAGAAGCUAAAGCUGCUCUAGCCAAGCAGGCAGCAGAUCAAAUGAAGAACCAGGAGCAACUAGCAGCAGAACUUGCUGAAUUCACUGCCAAGAUUGCACUUCUAGAGGAGGCCAAGAAAAAGAAAGAAGAGGAAGCCUCAGAAUGGCAGCACAAAGCUUUUGCAGCGCAGGAGGACUUGGAAAAGACCAAAGAAGAAUUGAAAUCUGUAAUGUCUGCUCCUCCUCCACCUCCUCCUCCACCAGUUAUUCCUCCAACAGAGAAUGAGCAUGAUGAACAUGAUGAGAACAAUGCUGAAGCCAGUGCAGAACUGUCUUCUGAUGGUGUCAUGAAUCACAGGAGUGAGGAGGAACGGGUAACAGAAACACAGAAAAAUGAACGUGUUAAGAAACAGCUCCAGGCUUUAAGUUCUGAGUUGGCUCAAGCCAGAGAUGAAACCAAGAAAACACAAAAUGAUGUCCUUCAUGCUGAGAAUGUUAAAGCAGGCCGUGAUAAGUACAAGACUCUUCGACAAAUCCGACAAGGCAAUACAAAACAACGUAUUGAUGAGUUUGAAGCAAUGUGAGAGCUGUUAUUUUGCAUAUAUGUUCCUCGUAAAGCUGAACCACCAACAGAGAAAAAAGCAGGCCUUUGCAGAUCUGAUGGAUUGCACCCCACUUUGCCAAAGCACUUAGUACCAGUUUGACUGCAAUGAUUAAAAGAAAAAUUUGGGAAAGCCAUUCAACAAUAAGGCAGUCUGUCAUCCCUGACUUUAUGGGGGGAGGGUGUGGAGAAUGUUGACAAUUUUUUUCCCCUCUUAUGUUUUCAUUUUCAUUGUUUCUUUUUUUCUUUGAAAACUGAUGUGAAGUAUAUGACUGACAAGUGUACAUACUACGUAAACAUUAAGAAAUAGAGUAAUGGAGCUGAAAUGAAUUCACAGUUUUCAAAUUAGCCACACUAUUAGGAGUUUGAUAUUACUGACUUUUAGUGGGAUUUUUGUUGGUUUUAUGUUGGCUGUUCUCACAAGUGAAAUUCUUUGGUGUUUCAUGUCCUGUCAUCAUUGAUGGUUUUCUUUGCCUACCUGUUCACAAAGGUCUGGAUGGCAGGUGGUAGUUCCAGGAGAUGUUGCUUAAAUGGAACGCUACCUGUGGGCAGCAUGUCUGCUGAUAGGCUUGAAUAAAUAUUGCUUUUCAUAGAUGAUUAUUUUAGAUGCACAAAAUGUUCUAAUUCAGCAAAGAAGAAAAAUGCAAAGCUCUAUAUGCUGUUUGCUUGUAAUUAUUUUAUUUGCAGUAGGGAAACCUGGAUCUUUCUGGCAAGGGAGCAUAUGAAAACAUCAGUCCCAGGGAGGGGACAGUAUCCUACCUCACUUCUAUAUACAUGAUGACUGGUCCUUCAAACACCAUGAAAAAACUAUUUAAGUUGGUUAUCACUGCAUAGUGGUAUCACAGAGAGCUAGGAGUCCUUACUCCUAGGGAUUUGUUUUACUUCAGGAUGGGUUUAUAGUGCUAAUUACUGUUUAACUGCCUUUUUGUUGAGUUUAAAUUGUAAAAACAUCUUGUGUGUGUUAAAGCUGUAACCUGUCACUGGUAUACUAUCUUCUGGGAGGGGUGUGGAACGUGUGUGUUAGCUUGUUUUUGGGGUUUCCAAAUACCAAAUGAAAGUUCACGUAAUUGGAGGAAAAAGCAUUUGUAGCUUCAGUUCACAGUGAGGCUAGUAUUGUAACUUGUCGUAUUUGAUGUCAGAUCAUUGUUAUUAAGUACUUCCCAUAUUGAUUAUUAUUAUUAUUUUUUUUAAGACUCAGUUUAGAAAUUAAGUUUUGGGAAAUAACUUUGCAGUUCAUGUGGACUGGAAUUAUUCCUUCUUUUGUAGUACCUUGGUAAAUAUUUGUAAGGGAAGAGCCCUGCUUUCUCUGAGGAUGGUUCAGCUCUCUUCUGUUUGAUAUUAUGCACUCAUAAAUUUACACUUAUCUAUUAAAAUUUGCCAUUUUAUUAAGCAUUUUUUCAUGCACAACAGGUUUAAAUUUCUUAUGAACAGUCCAACUAGUGUUGGUUUUUUGGGGGAGAGUUUGAGGUUGGCUGUGUGGGGUGACAUCAUGAAAAUAAAGAUACAUUAAUAUAUUUUUGUUCUGUGGGACUAUACAUAUCUGGUAAACCUUAAAGACUGAUGUGCAAAUGGUGUGCACGCUUCAAAAUGCUGCUUGGUGGAAGUUGGUGUUUCUACUUGCAGUGCAUUGUAAGAACAGUUUAUUUCACAGGCUUCAUACAUCGAAGCAUUAGCAAAUUUCUGAAGUAUUUGAGCAGCUUGCCAUAGCAGGUGAAAUACUGUGCUUCCAAUGAGUUCGUAGUUUUUUCCCUGGAAAGUGUGCACUAACAUUGAUAUAUCAGUUUCAGUGUUGGGGAAAAAUACCAGUAAAGUUUGCUGUUCAUAAAUCUACAGUAUAUAGAAUAGGGCUAAAUGGAUUAGAUCCAUUUAUAAAGCUGUGUGAUUUUUUCUAAACAACCAGGAACAACCAUUUGUAAUAUGGAUUUUCACAAUGAACAAAGUGGUAAUAGCUGCUGUCACCAGCAGUUGGGAACAAUUACUGGUGCAGAAAUACUAAGAAAACAUUUAAUGAUUACUUGGUGAAGUAAUUUUCCACAUGCUUUUUCCUUUAGCAUCAUGUUUUGUGUUGUACAAUUAAGCUACAAUUACAUCUACUAUUUUGGAUAACAUUCAUUGGUUAACAAUAAAGAGAUACAGUUAA